AUGUUAGCUGCAUACACCUGCACUGUGACCGGUCCUGCUGUCAUUGACGUCCACAACAAAGCCGACUUCAUAGAAGAUCGCUGUUCCUACACUUUGCUGUCGGAUUCGUGGAUUUCAGUUGUUCAGAUUCUGGCCAGUUUCCGUGAGCGACGUCGUACAGAUGUGAGCUUUGUGGACAGUGUGACUCUGCGGUUGGAGAGUCCAAACGUUGACAUUCUCCUGAAACAAGACGGCAGAGUCCUGGUGGACAACGUAGCUCUGGUCCUCAACAGCUCGAUCCAGGAGGUCCAUGGUGUCCAGCUCUCUAAGGACCAAACUGGAGUCACUGCCAAAGUUACACUCUCUGGACGCUCUGCUGCUGUGUUCUUUGAUGGAGACACAGCACAGAUCCACAUGGAAGGACCUGCUGAAUCAUCUUUGGUUGGUCUGUGUGGAAACUCCAGCAGUUUUUCUAGUGCAAAGCUCUCUGAGGACAGCUCCUCCAGCUGUGAGAGCGUGUACACUGAACCUGCUGACGGUACGAUCGACUGCCCCAUGAUGACUGAACGCUGUAACCUCCUGAUGGAGGCGCCCUUCUCCUCCUGUAACACCAUCGUGGAUCCAGCUCCCUACAUAACUGCCUGCAAUGCAACUUUGUGCAAAUAUCCUGCAGUGGACGGUCUCGGGUGUCAGUUCCUGUGGGCCUACGCCAGAGCCUGCAGCCUGAGCAACGUCGCCCUGGAGAGCUGGUGGUCUGAGGCUCAGUGCUCUCGUCCUGAGGCCGUUUGUCAGAACCAGGUCUGCAGUGAUCAUGAGUUUUGUGGCGAGUUUGGGGGUAACACUGGCUGCCUCUGUAGAGCUGUGUUUGCCUCCAGUUACAGAGAGUCUAACACUCUGGGAGAUCCAGUGGUCUGCACACAGAACUCUGCCUCAGUCAGUCUGGUGGGUUGUCUCCUGAGGGACAAAUACAUUGACUACCCUGUGUUACACCUCAAUAAUGAGACCUGCAGGGGUGAGAUGGACCAGGAGAGUGGCAUGGUGACUUUCAGCUUCAACAGCAGCAACACCUGUGGUGCAGUGAUCACGGCCAACGACAGCCAGGUGACCUACAAGAACGCCAUCGUGGCUCAGAACAGCUCUUCUGAAGGCAUCACUCGCCAAGAUCAGUUCUACAUCGACUUCUCCUGCAUCCAUGUUCAUCCAGAAAUGAAGACUGUGGCCUUCAGGAUCAAAGACAGCUCUGUGGUCCAGCACAUCACAUCUGGAGAGUGGAGUUACAAUGUAACCAUGAAAUCCUACACCGACGCCGACCGCACACACGUUGUGGAUUCUAACACCGAUGUGAUGCUGAACCAGAAGAUCUGGGUGGAGCUGGAGACCGAAGGGUUGGAUGCAGACCUGAUCGCCGUGGUGACGGACUCCUGCUGGGCAACUGACCAGGAAUCGUCCAACAGCACUCCGAGAUACGACCUGAUCCAGAAUGGCUGUGCCAACGCUGCUGACCAGACAGUGAUGGUGGAGGGAAACGGGGAGGGAACCUCCAACUACUUCUCCUUCAGCAUGUUCCAGUUCAUUGGGAGCUCUGGUGACGUCUACCUGCACUGCAAACUGAAUCUGUGCAUCAAAGAGGGGAACAGCUGCGUCCCGGAUUGUUCUGGUGGAGCUAAAAGAAGACGCAGAUCUGUCAGGCCUAAACAUGAACGUGGAGCUUCAGCCUUGGUCAGCAUGGCCUGGAUUAAUUAGGUGGUUGCCAUGGUGACAUGGACUGACUGACAGGUUGCUGACCUUGGUGAUGAUCCCUGACUCAUGUGUGGUCCUGAUGUGGAGCUUUAAUGUGUGAAAGGAUGAGUUUUUAGUGGUAAAAGGUUAUUGAAGGUGUGUGAGGUUUACACUUGAUUUUCAUUUAAACCAGAAUAAUAAUCUACAUUUUAUUGAGGUAUGUAAUCAGGUAUGACUACUGUAUCCUGUAUCACUUCAUCUCCCAGCAUGCCUAGAGGCAUUCCCAGACCUCCCAGAAAGUCAUGGAUAAACGUAGCUGUAGCACAUCUGUUUGAUUUGUGACCUUCAAACAAGAAAAUAUCUGAUGGCAUGUUGCAGACAUCCACAUGCAUAAAGGUGUUCAACCAAAGAGAAAAUACUUCUGUCAGGUUGUUCAAGCUCAACAUGUUUUAGGCCUGAAGAUGUAAAACAAUCCAGAAUGAAUGAGUUAAUACUAAGAUGUAGUGAUUUACAGAUACAGUCUGGAGCUAUGAGGUGAUUUAGAGGUAAUAAGUUAAUUUCUUAAUCAAUCAGUGUCUUUUAAACAUGUCGUUCUCAGGGUAAAAUCAUAGGUGAAGGAAUGUAAUCUGAUUACUUUUAGUUUGUAGCUGUAUUUUGUGUGAUGUCUGAUGCAUUUAUGUCUUUUAAGAUUAAACUACAGUAAACAGAAGAUGUUUAUGUUUUUUGUAAGGUGAGAGUUUACAGUUUCUUCAUGUUUACAGUGACUGGAAGGAUUGAUUGGUAACUAAGCUAACUUAAUUGGUAACUAGGUCGGGGUUAAUCAUGGAUGUAGGGUUUUUGAAAACUAUGUAAGGCAAUCUGAAGCGAGUCUGCAGCCCUGCAGAGAUAUUUACUGAUGCAAUGUCACAUGUUCCAUCCUUCCUCUUAGAAAGAAGAGUGAAUAUUAAACAUGCUUUUUAUUUUGUUUUCAUUGGAUCUUGUUUUUCAGAAGGCAGUUUGUCUCAGUUCAGUUGAAAAUGAAAAAUGCAGAUUUUCUCUGUUUUAUGGUUGAAAUCUUUGUUCAGCAUCUAAGACAUUAAAAAAUCAAUAAAAUAAGGA